AUGGCAGACUCCUUUCUCCCCAUGCCCUGUGUGCCACAGAGGGCCAAGCCCCAGACCCUGCAACCUGGCAUGGAAGACCAACCCUCCUCCAGCCCCAGCCCGGAGCCUGCCAUCUCAACCUCAACCUCUACCCCCACCUCGCCCUCCCCAUGCCCCCUCAGCCAGCUCCUGCUCCAGCAGCAGCCCGGGCCCCCGAGCUCGGCUGUGUUGGCCCUGCAGUCCAAGGUCAAGGCCCUGUCUGAGCGCAACAAGGCUGCAGGGAGGGAGGCUUUCAAGGCAGGCAUGGAUAAGAAGGCCUUUCCUGUGUCCUCUUCCCUAUUCGGUCCUGUCCUGGUGAGCUGGGGCUCCAGUAGUAGCGAUGACGAUGUAGAUUCCCAGGGUUCCACUCUCCACCCAGUGGUGCCAGACAGCCUGAUGGAGGGGGCGGGGACGGGUGGGUUGGACUUCAGCCUGCUAGCGCUCCCACGUGGGCUGGGCGAGGGCUCCAGCCUGGAGAACCUGUCUGACGUUAGCGCCUACGCUAGUCCCCUGGAGGAUAAUGUUAGCGCCGCUAAUGCGUCUAAACCCUGGGUCCCUCCCAAGGGGUUCUGGAAGGCCACCAGGCCUGAAACGCUACUGCUGAACGGAGACACGCCUCCGGCCCCAGACAGACCUUUGGCCGGGGCCCCUGGGGGCCAGCAGAGGAAAGCCAGGGGCCACGGCGGGGUGGGCAGGGAGCUGCUACGCCGUGACAGCCUGGAGGGUCUGAGGCGGUGUAUGGGCGAGCUGGGGCCCCAGGGGCCAAUGGGGGGCCUGUGGAGGGCUGACAGCCUGGAGAGUCUGUGCAGCAGUGGGAGUGCCAUUUCUCUAGCAGAGAGAGUGGAGAUGAAUCGGGGCAUCCUCAAGCAGAUGCUGAACAAGAGCCAGGGACCAGAGCCAGGGAGCCUCAGCCCUGUGCUCUCUGGAGCUUCGGCACUCUGCUCUCUGGAGAGAGAGCAGAGGGCCGAGGAGGUGACCCAGUGCAAUGGGAGAGGUACAGUAAAGAGCUAAAGAUACUGUACCUGCAUUCACCACCAUACGCCACCCACUAGACCUAAAACCAUGGAUUAUUUUAGCGAAUGUGUGUGCGGUGGCACAGCUCGGGGUUGAGGUGAUAACAGUAGUAAAAUCACAGUGAGUAGACCCCUUAAUCCUCAGUGAUGUAAAGGGAUUUACCUGAGACGGACCUGAUCUAUUAGAGUAGAGAGUACAUUUCCCCAACACUCAGUUCACAUUCAACACAUAGGAAUGAAUGUGAAGUAGGUAGCUCAUGGUCAAAGUGUGUGACGAGCUGAAAGUCAACAUAAUGUGAUAAAGUAAAAAAAUUACAACAGAAAGUAGAGAUAAAACAUCUUGAGAGGAAAGGGUGGGAGAGAGGGAGGGAGGUAAUAGGCUAUUUCUGACUGUUGACCAGAUGUUUAAUGAAUGUAAUACCUGUCUAAUUGCAACUGUCUCACAAACAGAAGUUGUCUUCCGCCUGUGGGUUGCUCUGUCCCGCACUCUUAUGGCCUCAAAUAUCCCCAAUGCUAAAUGAAUCAUGCUUUGUAUAGACAAAGGGAAAUGUAAACAAAUAGUUAAACUUAAUACGGUUCUUCCAUAUUUCUUGAUAAUUAUUUUGUUGUUGUUGUAAUUUCCAGAGAAAUAAGGAAAUCAACGCAUUUCAAUACUGGAGGGAAAUUCUACUUAAGUCUGCCUGGUUACAGUGUUUAUUUGUGUCCCUAUAGGUUUCAUUGCCCUGAAUGACAGUGACUGGGAUUCAGGCAUCUCCCUCCAAGACAGCGAGCACAGCCAAAGGUACAGUAGAACCUCCUGUAGAGCCACUGGGUAUGCAGCCUUUUGCUCCAGCCCUGCUCUAAAACACCUGAUUAUUGUGUUAGAGUAAGGCUGGAGCAAAACAUGCACACCCAGCGGCUCUCCAGUGGCCAAGGGAGGGUUUACCACUUAUGCCUUUACACUAUAGCUUAAAUAUGAAUGUAUCAUAAACAAAUGUAAUUUGGGUUCCCAAACCCCCAACCUAAAUACUUUCACUCUGAUACAUCUAGAAUAUACAGCAGAUGUUUUCACGACACUACCAACACCUAUGACUCUACUACUUUGCUCUUGUAUCUCUCCAUGUUAGAGCCCCAAGCUGCAAUGAGUGACAUGGACACAGUGUUUAUAACAGCUGUUACUAAAAGCCCCACCCUCAUCACCAGAGACGAUUAUGAUUAUAUCUUUCACUUCUCUGUCCCCAAUCACAGUCUCAAUGUAAGAGAAAGGCGUUUCGGUGAAGCACCUAGUAUUUGAAACACACUCAUUCAUUUGUUCUCCCAUUGAGUGCCUGUUAAGCAGGUGUUGUGGUGAAACUGAAUGGGCAGCUGUGUGGUUAAAGCUCUGAGCACUGUGUGUAAUUGUGUUUUUGGUGUUGGGGAAAUGUUCACAAGUCUGUAACCCCAUUCACACAUAGAUAUACAGGCAAAGGGACUGCUUCAGUCACUCAUUCCUACAUUCACAAAUACACACACAUAAACACAAGCACUGGCAAACAAGAUAAAAGCUUAUGGAAAGAUACACUCACACACUCACACACACACAAAAGCUCAUUGACACACACACACCCCUUGUCAGCCUAAUUAGUAGUGACUGCCUGCUCGGCCUAAUCCCCCACUCUAUGAGCGUCUCUCCCGCACAGGCGCUGACGUGUGCCUCCCUACCAUCUCUCCCCCUCCCCCUAACCCCCCUGCCUGUGUGUGUGACGUGUGUGUGCGGCCGACAGGGCCUUUGUGUCCAGCGAGGACCUGCCGCUGAGUCCACGCCAUGAGCAGGCCAAGCGGCUCCUGGAGAGAGCCCGCAUGAAGGCCCGGUCCUAUCCACUCAAGGCCGACCACACCAUCCUACCCGUCCAGAGGGACAACCCGUAAGUCUGCUGCUCCGCAAGUGGGUGUGUUUAUGUGUGUGUGGGUUUGAGGGUCGUCGGUGUGUGUGUGUCUGUUUACCAGCCGAGCUUAGCUGUAGCAGCCACCUGUACCAUCAUAACCAACCAAACGAGACCAAACAAGAAAUGUUUUUUCCUCAUCUUUUCACUAUUUUCUCUAUUUUCUUCCCUUCUGUUUCAUGGGGCCCAGCAGGGCCUGUAAAUCUCUGUAGGCUUUUGUGCCGGAGUGACCGUACGGCUGUUUUGUGUUUGGCUGGUUAAAGUGUGCUGCGGCUCUCUCGCGGUCUGUUUACUGACAGUGUUCAGAAUAGCUAGCUGCAACAGUGGUCUCUUGUUGUGCUCGUUUCACUGUAAUGAUAUGACACAUAUUGGAUUUACUGCUUUAAAUGUAGCAUUGCUCAUGCAUUUUCUAUUUACAGUGCCCUCUAUUCAUUUUUAAAUGGCGAUAUUUCACAUAUCUAUUAUGGGUCACACUUUACAGUAAGUUAAAAAGAUUCUACAGUAUGUAGUACAAUGUAUGUAAUAUUUACAUUUAACUAACUAGUAACUACACAAUAACUAUACAGUAUGUAGCUGCAGUUUCCAUGUACAGCUGAGUAAAUAGUUAUAGCAAAAGUAGUUAUAGGGCAUGUGUAUGUCCUUAGCCAACUUAAUGUAAAGCGUUGGCCUAUAUCUCAAAUAGUAUUAUUCAGGAAAACUAUAGUAGUAAUUAUGGUGGUGUUACAGUUCUAAUAGUGGUAGCAAUAGUAGUUGUAGUGGUUGUGGUAAACAUCAAUAUGUAAAUACACACUUUUCUAUUGCUCUAAUUACAAGGCUUUUUAAUUAAGUGUACAAUAAUAAUAAUAAUAAUGGUUUAGGGCAGGCGUGGGCAGAUUCAGCCGUGGGCUGAUUUUUUUGGUUGCUGAGAAGAUGGUCGGGGAUCCGGAACAUAGUUAUAAAUAAUUUGUAUACUGCAAAUUGACCGCAUGAAGCCCAAACAUAUAUAGUAUUUGACAAAAACAUAAUCAUUUCAAGCCUUGAUUACAUUGGGAUACGAUCACUUACAGUAUGCCCCUCUAUUUAUGCAUGGGAACAGAUUGGUAACAGAUUUCCUAAAUUCAAAUCAUUUUCAGUUGAUUUGCUGGUGAUUUUACAGUAUUUUAUGUCCAACAAAAUUUGGCCCAUGGGCCACCUAUUGGGGAACCCUGGUUUAGGGCAUUGGGUUAUUUUGGUUGCUAUGACAGGGGCUCUCUCUCUCGCGCUCUCUCUCUAUUUCCACAAUAUGCGUUACGCAAUCCAGCUGGAAUUAUACACCUCCCCAAUCUCAAUCCUAAUAUCAUGGUCCGAGAGCAGUGAUUACUGAUUACCUCAGCACAUUCACUCUGACCAAGGCAGGAUGUUCCUUCAUACAGCUGUCAAUCACCAGACAUCGUCAACAUUCGCUCCAGAUUAGAAUGAUUGGAUGGGACAUUUUGGAUACUGACCAAUCACUAGGUGAUAUGACAGAAAUGAUGUAAUAAUGGCCCCUCAAUGACAACCAACUAUUAUCAAAAUCCUUCCAAAUGAAAGCGAUAUGGAUUGACGUGAUUGAGGUGACAUGAGUUGUCUUGUUUAUUCAUUGGAUAAGAACAAUUACUUUUGUAUUUUCUGUGUUGGGUCUGAUUUAAUUUGGAAAUAUCUCUGGUUUGGAGGGAGCUUCCUAGUUGUGAUUUGACGCUUGAUAAGACUGAUUCCCCCUAAUGCUUCGCUACACAUCUUCCAGCUGUUACCCUCAGCCCCCUCACACUCCCACAUGCACGCACACACCCACAAACACACACACACACACACACCAACCACACAAUCCCAGGGGUAAAAAAGUACAUACAAGGAAAGCACAGUACAAUACUCCCCUCUUCUCUAGGGAGCUAGCUUAGCCAGCCAUGCAGUAUUGUGUUCCCCACCAUCCAACAGUGUGGGCUCACAACUGUCUCUCACCCAUUUCUUACAGUUUCAGUUCAGUCAAUCAGUCAAUCACUUUAUUUCCAUGGACAUUUUUACAAAUGCCUUUCUCAUUUACAUUUAUAGAUGAAGUUGUAGCGUGCAUAAAUAAACUCUCUCUUGGAUAUGACUCAAGAUAGCUGUCCAUUAUUGUGGUAGUAGAGGCUAGAUGAUUGGAUACAGACAGAGAGGACGUCCAUACUGGGGAUGACCUUCCCCUUAUCGAGAGUUGAGCAUGUUGGGAAUGUAGCGGCUGGGACAGACAGGGGCCAGAACAUAGAUAAGAAUCCCACAGGCAUCCAACCAAUCCCCUGUGUUAGGAGGAAAAAUGCUGAACGUUUCUUUAUGGGGUUUCCGUCUUUUUUCUGGUUAGGGUUUGUGUGUGUGUUUGUGUGUGUGUUACCUUAUAUACAUGGUCAUGGGUGCCCGUGUGUGUUUGUGUGUCCCUCUGGAUGUGUGUGUUCUGACGUGUGUGCAUCCAUCCAUAGGGAGCAGCUGUCCACGGCUGGAGCUUCCUUGCACCGGGCUCCGCUGGCGGGGAAGGGCGGCCAGUCGGUGUCGUCAGCAACGGUUCCUGCGGUUACCUCGUUGUCGGGGAACCUCAGUGACUCCUCCAGCAGCGACUCGGCCUGUGGCCCCCGCCGACGUCCUGGCCAAUCACCGACGCGGGUCCGCUUCGAGGACGAAUCGGAGAAAGACGCGGAGGUGCGCUACUUGGAGAGGCUCCGUCAGAGGAGGAGGGCGGGUGAGAGGGCCCAGGGUCUGCUUAUAUCCAAGCCCAACCUCUCUUCCUAUGUCAACGGGCGGAGGGACACUGAUCCAGGAACUGGAAUAGUGAUCGAGCGAGGGCACAAGAAGGCCCACAGGGCACAGGAGGGCCACUUAAACGGUGGCAGCCAUUUCAAAUCCGUGGUGGCACACGAGGAGGCGCUUAACAGGCAGUGCAACUCGUGCGGGACGUUCCUGGAAGGAGGGGUCCAGAACCCGAACCUCCAUCCAAACUUUUCACCCCUGAACCUGAACCUCCAUCCGAACCCUUCACCCCCAGUAGGGCAGAGCCAUCCGGUGAACAGAGAGGGGGAGGAGAAGGUGCUGAUGCCUUGCUGGGUGGCUCCCAGCAAGCCCAGCCGGACAGUUCGUACCGAGCUGAUCAAGGAGACAUACAUUGGUAAGGUAACCCCUGGCGAUGUGGCAGAUAGCGAAGGGACGGGCCACGGCUCGGCGGGAGAGACGGACAGCAGCAGUGGCGGUGGAGGUGGUGGGAGUGUUCGAGUGUCAACAAUGAAGGUGAAGAGGAGGAGUAGGAGAGGUGAGCUUUUGGGCACCAAUGGCCAAGGAGCACCCAUCAAGGUGCCACCAACUCCACCAGCACCCAGGCCCAAUGGUAUUGUGGUGCCGCCCAACCCGUACCCCAUUGAGCAACCAGUAUCAAAGAUGGUGGGUUUGCCCACUCACUCCCCUGCACCCCCAGAUGAUCCCACAAACAGUCCCCCGUGCAUCAAGAGCUCCCCCUUUCCCCCUUCCCCAACGCCCAUCAAAUCAGCUCUGAAAUCAGGACCCAAGAGCCGGCCCAAUGGCCAGCGAAUGGUCAAACUCAUGCCUUCACCACAGUACCGCCUUUUGCCCCAGAACUCCCUGGAGGACCAAGGGAGAGGGGCUGCGCCCAGCCCCCAGAACGAGCACUCUGUCGGGGGGAACUUCGUGGAGUAUGGUUCCUCUUUGGGGCUGACUUCCAGCACCGACACGAUGAUGCCCUGUAUCAGGCCUGCUUCCCUGCUGAAGACCUCCCCAUUGCUAGCUAGGACAGCAGUAGAGAAGAUGGGGGACCCUGCAGCACCAGGUCAGCUUCAAAUACACACACACACACACACACACACAGAUGCACACACACACACACACACAACACACACACACACACACCUAACACUAAUUCUACCCUUAACCCUAAAUCCCCUUGAAAUAGCAUUUAACCUUGUGGGGACUAACAAAAUGUUUUUUUCUUUACUAUUCUUGUGGGGACUUCUGGUCCCCACAAGUAUAGUUAAACACGUCCACUGCAAUGUACAAACACACACACACACACACACACACACACACACUGUAAGACACUAUAAAGUAGAGAGCCCUACACUCCCACACAUUUACAUUUACAUUUGAGUCAUUUAGCAGACGCUCUUAUCCAGAGCAACUUACAGUUAGUGAGUGCAUACAUUUUUUAUACUGGCCCCCCGUGGGAAUCGAAACCACAACCCUGGCGUUGCAAGCGCCAUGCUCUACCAACUGAGCUACAGGAGGCCCUAGUGUGUUUCUAGACCGGAAACCUGGGGCCCAGGUCCCACACACACACACACACACACACACCCUAACUUGUGUGCUGUGGGACCUGGGCCCCAGGUUUCCAGUCUAGAAACACACUUUCCACUGUGAUCAGAGGUAUUGCAAUUUAACCAAAGUGCGGCCCCAUAGAGAAGUUCAAUAAAAAAAUUCCUCAUAUUACACUUUAGUCAUCACCUUUGUGCACAAAACACCAUUGAAUUAUUACAUUUUUUAUUUGAUUUAUUUUCCACCACUCACAUUCGAAGAUAUUAACAUUUUAUGUUCAUGCUCUGAUGCCAUGAGUCCAGCUGGCCAGGGGAAGUGCUGGUUGGUUUAUUUAGCUGUCCACGUGCAUGGCACGCUCUGGCAGAGUUCCCGGAGCAUGUUCGCGCGAUACUACUGAGUGCUAGUGCACAGGCGUAGUAAUCCCAGUAAAACCAGAUAUAGAAAGAUGGCAGCAACCACAAAACAGCGUAUGCGAACUUGAGUAGAUUACGUUGAAAACAAUGGGCGUCCAUCUUGGACGCUGUCUCUAGUUAAAUUACAAAUAAUAAUAUUUAUUGCAUUUAGCAGACGCCUUUAUAUCAAGCAAUUUACAGUCAUGCGUGCAUACAUUUUACGUAUGGGUGGUCCCGGGAAUCGAACCAACAACUCUGGCGGUGCAAGCACCACGCUCUACCAACUGAGUCAUACAGGCAUAGUUCAUAUAUACCUCAGUGUGCGGAUUGGUGAGAAAGACAUCAAGUGUUCUACUUUUCACAGCUCAUGUGAAUGGCAGAAGUCAAAGGUGACAGCACAAUCUACAUAUCAAUGGGUGGCGAUGGUAAAUGCCUUGUCGAGAGCAAAGGAGGUGAAUUCCAAUGCAGUGGAUUUAUUCACUACUAUCAGACAACCUUUAAGAACAGGAUAAAAAUGGGAUCCACGAGUUCAUCUUACCCUGGGGAAGUAGAUAAAGGGCCUCAUUGCCAAAAUCCCAAAGUAUCCCUUUAAAGGUGAUGCCUUAAAAAUAAAGAUGAGAUGUUAUGUUACAUUUUAGUCAUUUAGCAGACGCUCUUAUCCAGAGCGACUUACAGUUAGUGAAUACAUCUUUUUUUUAUACUGGCCCCCCGUGGGAAUCGAACCCACAACCCUGGCGUUGCAAACGCCAUGCUCUAUCAACUGAGCUACAUCCCUGCCGGCCAUUCCCUCCCCUACCCUGGACGACGCUGGGCCAAUUGUGCGCUGCCCAUCAGUCUUCCGGUCGCGGCCGGCUGCGACAGAGCCUGGAUUUGAACCAGGAUCUCUAGUGGCACAGUUAGCACUGCGAUGCAGUGCCUUAGACCACUGCGCCACUCAGGAGACGAGUGAGUUACAAACAGAGUUAGGUGGACUACCUGAAUUGUAACUGAAUACUAACACUGGACUCAUUGACUAAAAUAGUCUAUACAGUAUUUAGUGCGGGCAUCUCACAGAGGAAAAAUAUACUUAAAAAAAUAUACAAUUUAAUAUGUUUUCAGUCUUACUCUAGUUCCCUAGUGACCAUUGGCAAAUGCACGGCUUCAUGGGUAAUUAAGUCCAUGCUGCUUGUGUCAGUGAGGUGUCAGCUCUUGGGCUGUGAAGGGGUGUGUGUGUGUGCGUCCAUACGUGUGUGUGGGUUUCCAUACGUGCAUCUGUGCGUGUGUACAUAUGCCUCUGUGUGUGUGUGUGUGCAUUUGCUUGUGUGAGUGCAUGCAUGCGUGUGUAUCUAUGUGCGUGUGUGUUUGUGUGCUUAACCCAGGUCCCAGCAGGGAUUUUGCAGUCAGCACAUACACACAUCCCCCAGCCCUGUAAUCCCACCGAGGCCUGUUCGCCCCGUUUCCACCAGCUGGAUGAUUGGAUAUGUGAAGCAUCUGAUUGUUCCCACUGUGGUCUCUGUCUCUCUCUCUCUCUCCCUGUCUCUGUCUAUUUCUCUGUUUAUGUCUCUCUCUUUGUCUCUGUAUCUCUCUGACGCUUUCUCCCCUCUUGUCUCUCAUUCUCUCUGUCUCUAUGCAUGAGAAAUACUCAACAUUCCCCCUAAAAUAUAUGUAGCUAGAAAUUCACGUUUCACAAACAAUAUUCUACAAAAAUGUAUCAUACCACAUGCAAAUGUCUCAGUCUAACAAGGCUCUAACUCAGGGGUGUCAAACUCAUUUUGACCCAUGGGCCGCAUUCGGUCUUCCUCGAGGUCCGGAGGGCUGCACUUAAAAUUCGUUAUAUUUCCUCGCCGUCAAAAUCUGCUAAAAAUAGUCCUCUAUCCAUCGCUUUUGGAAUUUCCGAUGCUCCCUGACUGUCAGCUUUCGUUUCGAUGACUGUAAGCAAAUGACAGAGUGAAAAGACUAUAAAUGUACCCUGAGUAUACCAAACAUUAGGAACACCCUCCCUUUUGCCCUCAGAACAGCCUCAACUCGUCAGGGCAUGGACUACAAGGUGUCGAAAGCAUUCCACAAGGAUGCUGGCCCAUGUUUUUUUUUUUUUUACCUUUAUUUAACUAGGCAAGUCAGUUAAGAUCACAUUCUUAUUUACAAUGAUGGCCUACCCUGGCCAAACCUGGACGACACUAGGCCUAUGGGACUCCCAAUCACGGCUGGAUUGAUAUGCAGCCUGGAAUCAAACCAGGGUCUGUAGUGAUGCCUCUAGCACUGAGAUGCAGUGACUUAGAGCGCUGCGCCACUUCAAUGCUUCCCACAUUUUUGUCAAGUUGGCUGGAUGUCCUUUGGGUGCUGGACCAUUCUUGAUACACAAGGGAAACUUUUAAGCGUGAAAAACCCAGCAGCGUUGCAGUUCUUGACACAAACCGGUGCACCUGGCACCUACUACCAUACCCCGUUCAAAGGCACUUAAAUAUUUUGCAUUGUCCAUUCACCCUCUGAAUGGCACACAUACACAAUCCAUGUCUCAAUUGUCUCAUGGCUAUAAAAUAAAUCCUUCUUUAACCUGUCUCCUCCCCUUCAUCUAUACUGAUUGAAGUGGAUUUAACAAGUGACAUCAAUAAGGGAUCAUAGCUUUCACCUGGAUUCAGUCUGUCAUGGAAAGAGCAGGUGUUCUUAAUGUUUUGUAUACUCAUUGUAGGUCCAUUACCAUUUCUACACAGUUUCAAUUUGACUUUGCCAUUUCAAUGUUGAUUAAGAUUGUUUUCCCCCUGAAAAAAAGUAUACAUUAAUUGUUUUUACUCAAACCACCUGCUAGACGUAUGUUUGACAUCCCUGCUCUAACUCAUUCUUGCUUUUCAUCAAAAACAAGAUGAAAGUUACAGAUUCUUCACCUUGUAUACCACAGCAGGUUGGUGGCAACUUAAUUGGGGAGAAUGGGCUUGUGGUAAUGGCUGGAGCGGAAUUAAUGGAAUGGUAUCAAGUACAUCAAACACAUGGUUUCCAUGUGUCUGAUGUCAUUCCAUUUGCGCCGUUCCAGCCAUUAUUAUGAGCCGUUCUCCCCUCAGCAGCCUCCACUGUUGUAAACAUCCCUCUCUCUUUCCUCUCUCCUCUAGAAGUGGAGCAGCAUCAUCCAGGGAUGGGAGAGCUCUGUCUGGAAGGAACCAGCAUCAUUACCCCGCCCCCGUACCGCUCUGAGGGUGACGUACGGGUCAGGGGACCAAUGAGAGCAGAGCAUCAAAGGGAGGAUUGCCCUAGUCCAACUCAGUGAGUAGUGGUACCUCUCUCCACCACACUCUUAUGCUUAAUUCUAAACUGACCCGAAGCCUGUAUGAUUAGGUUCUUCAUGUAGAUCGUAAAGGAUUACCUUGCCCUCUGAUAGGCUUGGUGGAAUCCUUUGAGCAUUAUUUCUUACAUCUUUAGUUAUUUCAGAUCAAGGUUAAAUCGAAAGUUAGGAGCUGGGCUAGAACAAGUCUCGCAGCUGAGUCACUAAUAUCACUGUUUGUAUAUGGCAGAAUUUGGCAUGAAAGCACUUCAGGCCUGCUCAUCACUGUACCUUGAUUAGUUGAAUUACUGUUGGAGUGUUAGGCUGGAACAAAGCACACUUUUCAGAGUUGCCAACACCUGCCCUAGGUGGAGGUUUGACCCAAAAUGAACAUCUGUCCCCCUCCCUAAUACCUUUCCGAGAGAGAUGUUGAAGGAAGCUAGAUUUAGAUUCCCAUGUUAUGUUCUAUCAUCUCAUUUGGAGCUCUGCCUGCCCGCCCGCCUGCCCGCCUGCCUGCCAGCCUUAGCCCAUAGCCAUUAUUGGUCUUCCACAGACUGUGUUAGCGUUUUUAUAGAAACUAGGUCAAACAAGGUGGUUUUUAGAGUGGUGGUGCAGACAUAAAUAGAGCAGUGCCUCAGUUGAAGCAUUUUUAACUCAACACUGACCUCUUCUGACCAAAUAGUAGUAAGUGAAUGGUACACAUUGCUCAAUAAGGGCUCCUGUGUCAGAGGUGUUAGAAUGAGUUAUUUCCAUUUUCAUGAAUGAUUUGAAUUGGACAGAAUUUCUAAAAGGUUUUUCCAAUCAAAUUAAAUUAAGUAUUUAUAUUGGAAAUGUAUAAUGGAAAUGAACCAAGCUUUGACCUGACCAGAGUGGUUUCAUGAUGUCCAGGCUGCACCUUUUUUUGUUUACGGAGUGGCUGCGGGUGUGAAUUUUCUGGAACCCUCUUGCCAAUAGCUAAAGGGCCGAAGGUUCUGCGCAUGUGUGAGAUUCUCUACUUUACCGACAGUCUCUGCUCUACUCGUUCGGCUGCCCAGAGAACAGGCUACAGUAUUUUGGCGAAUUUAGGUGAUGAAUGGAGAAUGGUGCUCGUUUAAUAAAGCUAGAUCAAAGCUGAAUCAUUGUCUGCGAGAUCACAUAAUGACAGUAUUCUACAUAACGGAACCGAAUAUAAUAGCAUAGUAUAACAUUACUGUAAAACAAAAAACACCACCUAAUUUCUUAUGAGAUUUUAGGAUGAUUGUGCGAAUGGUCACGUUUUUCUCUCGUGCGGCCACAAUUUAACAGCGUGUGCCACUUGGCAAAAUAUGAAUUGUAUUUAUUUAAACAAAACACUGGUAUGCUACAGUAUGUUAACACCCUCUGCCUAAAAUGCACUCACUGUACAUAAUUCAAAACAACACUGUACAUAACUAAGAAGAUCUAAAUGCAUAUUCCCAUGAAACUGAUUGAGAUCAAAUGGUUGGCAUGCAGAUGCUGCAUUGACAUUUCACCGGUAAAAGUUGAAGAAUUCACUGUGCGAAUUGAGAAUUGGCUUUCACGAUUGCCAGUGAGAAAUGUGAAGUGAGGGUGACCACAAAAAUGUAUGCGUAAAGUAGAGGUAAAGAAAUGGGAAUGGGAUAUGGAUCUUUAGCUCCAGGGAAGAGGGUUCCAGGGGGGCGUGGCGGAACGGGGUGGUUACCUUCGGAUCCAUAGCAUCUGCCUUUUGUUUAUUGUGGUGUUGCUCAUGUCUCUCUCUCUCUCUUCUCAGGAGGGUAAGGGCAGAGACAGAGCAGCGGGAAGGCAGGUCCAAGCUCUCUCUGCAUCGUUUCUUCUCCGCCAUCGGCCUAAAUGGAGUUGGGAAGCUGGUUAAAGGGCGCUCCAGUAGCAUGGAGCAGCUUAGCCUCCAGCCCCGUGGCGUCCCCCCAGCCUCUCCUGGCCCCACCUCCACCCCCGGCACUCCCAAGUGCCCAGACCCCAGCCAGCUGAGGAAAGCCCCCUCGCUCCAAUCCCUACGCAUGGUGAGAGAAGACCUUCCUUUGUCAUGUCAAACUUAUCUUUUGAAUUAUAGGGAAUUCUAUGGAUUUUAACCUUGCUUGUAGUCUGAGAGAGUGCCACUUUAUGUCUGUCAAACUCUAUGUUUAGUCUAUAAGGAUAUUGAGAGUUCAGUUGAUUGGAACAUGAUGAAUAGAAAAGUGUGUAAUAGAAAUAUAACUGUACAUGAUUUCACACAUAACUAUGCUAUAAAGUGUAUAUUUGGUAACCUUACGCUUUUAAAAAGAAUCAAAAUGCACCAAUAUUGUGGAAGCUGACAGGGUUACUGUCAUGUUCAUUUCUCACCACCAGGGGUCAUCCUUUAUGCAGCUGAGGAAAUCGUCAUCAGUCCAGAAUUUACAGUCGUCAAAGAAGAGAGAUCGCUCCAGUGCAUACACACCUGGAGACCAACCCGGCAGCCCUGCUCUCAGGUACAACAUAAACAGACAUGCACACACACAACAUUAGAACUAUGGCAUCAGCAACAUAAAAAUAGGCAACUGUUGCAGUAAUGUCAGGUCAUCUAACAUCCAACUAUCUGUCACGGUUUAAAGCUUGCACAUUGAUCUUUGGUAAAGUUGCACCUCAUGUCAUAAUAUUAUGAAUGAAGUCAACGUCGAUCCUUCCUGAUAGGAGAUUACAAUGCUGGCAUGUGCUCUCAAGGCUCCAUUGAUAUCAUAUCUCUAGUAUGCAUGGACGGCUGCCGUGUGUGUUGUGCAACCGAAUAGUUUCCAUUUACUGGGUCUGAGGGGAUGUCCGGACUGGAGAGAUAAAAAUAGAGUGAAUGUGGUGGUGCUGCCAAAAAAAGACAUGGAAUCCAGAAGACGAUCGCAACAUCACAUCAUGAUGGACUUGGAAAGGUGGCUGGGAGCAGUGGUGAAAUUGAACACGGACUGUUUGGGUGAUGUCGAUGACACUGCCUGUGUGUGUGUGUGUGUGUGUGUGUGUAAGAGUGUGUGUGUGUGUGUGUGCGCGCAUGUCUGUCAAGCGUGUGUUUCUGUGUGUGUACGUCUACAUGAGCGUGCCAACAGCUGAUACACUAGAGACCAGAGACGAGGACAUUCCAGCCUCAGCCUUGUGCUUAAAUAGCCUUCCUCGAGAGGCAGUCAGAAACCUGAUAGGCUAGGAACAUAACAAAGCCGUGCUAUAUAUGGACCGCGCUACGUGGCUCUCUGGGAAGGGGGCUUGGAGAGGGGGUUCUGCCAUAGAGACCUUAAUGUAGGGAAGCAGACCAUCUCCAUUCCCCCCUCCCCAUGCAAUGACUUCAUUAUUUACAUUAUCUAUGGGAGCAUAGAUUGUAAUGUGCAUUCUCCAAACACUGCAUGGCUGCAUCUGAGCCUGUGUCAAAGAUUGAAAUGUUUGCAUUUUGUGGUAUGGAAUUCAUAUUUCUUCCAUGCUACAAAUGGUGCCCCAUAUGUGUCACCUCAAUGCUGCUGUCCUGUCUCUCCAGUAGGGGAUUUCAGAGGGCUCUGAGUGUGGAGGAUGUGGGCUGCCCUAGCGGGGUGCGCUCGGUGGGGAGGGUGGCCCAAGCCUUCCCUGACGGUACCCUCCUGCUGGAACUUAGCAGACCCCCCAACGGACCAUUCGGCUUCCUCAUCUCCCGGGGCAAAGGACGACCAGACUCGGGUACAUAAGAACAGGAGAGCCUGGAUCUGCCUAGCCUGCCCUCAGACUUGUUUGUGCUGUUACCAACUCCUAUAGUCAAUGUCUCGCCAUUGGUCUGGACCAGGCUAGGCUAUGAACAGAAACAGAUUUGGUACCAGGCUAGGAUUUGCCCUGUUGUUUUGGUUGUCUUUUCUAAUGUGGUGUUCUGUAAUGAUGUACUGUUUAUUAGAAUGUCCCCCUUCUGUGUGCUUGAGGUGUGUGUGUUUCGUCAUGUUCUUACUUCUCUCCUGUAAUGCAGUUGGAUGUGUGUUUAGUAUUGUAUUCCUUUCCUGUGUGUGUGUUUAGUAAUGUAUGUGCCAUGUAGGUGUGUGUGUGUUAGGUAAUGUUUUCCUCUCCUGUGUCCUAAGGCUGUGUUUUAUAUUAGUAAUGUGUGUGUGCUCCUCCCCUAUGUCCUACAGGUGUAAAUGUGUGUAACCAGUAAGGUGAAUGUGUUUGUAGUGAUACUCCUCUCCUGUGGUGGCAGGCAGCUUAGUGGUUAAGAGCGUUGUGCCAGUAACUGAAAGGUCGCUGGUUCUAAUCCCCGAGCCAACUAGGUGAAAAAUCUGUCGAUGUGCCCUUGAGCAAGGCACUUAACCCUAAUUGCUCCUGUAAGUCACUCUGGAUAAGAGCGUCUGCUAAAUGACGUAAAUGUAAUGGUAUCAGUAGAAUGCCCCUGUAAUAUUGCCUGUCGGUGUGUUUUAAAGAAGGUGUGCAUGUGUGUGCCCUUACCAGUAACAUGCUCCUGUACUUUGUCCUGUCUGUCCUGUAGGUGUGUACGUGGAGGAGAUGGGCGACAGCAGCACAGAAAAGCUGUACGCGGGGCUGCUGGGAGUGGGAGACGAGCUGCUAGAGGUGAACGGUGAGAAGGUGUCUGGCCUCAGUUUGGACCUGGUGACAUGUCUAAUGACCCAGGACAACAUAGCCUCCAUCCGCGUGCUCCGACACAGGAGGCUCCCCCCUCCUCGCUAGGCAACCUGAGGACCGCCGGUUACAGUGGAGACGCCAGGGUUGCAUCAUGGCAACCACAGACGCCAUGGCAACCAUCGAUGCCACAGCAACCACAAACCCCAUGGAAACCUGGGGUGUUGGGGGUAUGACAGAGGGACAGUGUGUGUGAUCGGCUUUAUGACUGUGGCUAUUUCUAUGCCCGCUUGCUUUGACAGUAGUAAUAAUGUCCACUCUCAAAAUAGAGCGGUAUUCUUCUGAAGACACGUCAUGAUGUUUGACACGAUUGGCUCACCUUUCUAUAUGGUUCACAUGGAGUUGCUAUACGAGCAGUAGCGGUCUCAUAUUUUCUCAUGUCCUGUUAUGCUCUUUGGCGUCAGGUGCUCCUUACUUGACCUCUUUUUAAAACACAGCAGUACAAACUUUUUUUUAUCAUUACAGGUAAUGCACAAAGCUUUCAGCAGCUCACACAUCAAUAAUACAGUCUGGUAGGAGAUUAUCUGUUAAAUACCUCAUAAAAAUCUCCUCCAGUAGUAUUCCAUGCAUCUUUAUGCAAUUAAAUCAUAUAUUUGUAUUGUGGUUAUUGGUUUAGUCAGAAACCAGACCUGGAUUUGUGUGGGUUAGCAAGAGGAGACAUGAAGCAUCUCAAAAGUGAUACCAUUGAAACAAACCUAACAGUUGGCAGUCUCUUCGAGUCAAAGAUGCUAAUUCUAACCGAAAAAGAAGACAGAGUUUUUCUGUCUUGGACUAGUAAUAAACAUAGUCUUGGAUAUGAACUGAAGCACUAUGGGGAUGAAGUACUCUGGAUAGCACAGAGUAGAUUAAGUGUUACAAGAAAUGAAGGAGUCGAUGUCUUGAGUUCUGAAGUCUGAUUAAGAAUAAGUAUAAUUUCUCUAUAGUCUUUUCCAAUGAUGUGUCCUGUUUAAUGCAAUAGCUACAAGGAACUAGCCCAGGUGCCAGUCUAGUUGUGCUUUAACCAGCUUGUCUUUGACAAUGUUUGUGUUGUUGAAUGCAGAAAAAGUCAGGCACCCAGGCUAAAAAGGUACGACUUACUCCAAAGAAUGGGAUGAUAAUAAGGUGUCACAACUAACUACAUUUUGUCAAUUGUCACAGUAAUAACGAACUUGAAAAUGACAGCGUUUCAAAACCCAACACGCAUAGCCUCAAACCCUUCCAUUUUGUUUGUCUGUCUUCCUCAGUCCUAGUGGCUCAACAACACUAUAUCCAUGCCAUCUUGAUUGUACCGAAGGAUCCUCCACUUCCCUCUCUGCUUGUGUCCGUUUGCCAAACAAAGUAGAAUCAAUAUUUGUUUACAUUUUACCAUAUAAAUGUGCAGUACCCAAAUAGGAUUAAGUUCCCCUAUCAAUCAGAAAGGUACUCACGGUUGUGACUGAAAAACAUCCCCUUUUAUCAGUAGCCUGGUCCCAGAUCUAUUUA